AUGAUGCAAGGGCGGUUGCGUCCCAACUCCUUGGAACUGUACAGACUCUACAAGAUCGUUGCAGAGGACGGCACACAGUCUGCACGAAUCACUUUCCAAGGUUCUCCAACGCAACAGCUUAAUGUUGGUCAAGAUGUGAUUGUGAGUUUCCCUGGGGUUCAUGGCUAUGCAUGGAACAUUUUGACGAGUGGCUCUUCGACAUUUCUGACAACAUGCAUUUUCCUUCCUGAUGAAGAAGCUGAUGGCUAUGGAGUUCACGUGCCGAUCGCUGAUCCUCAAGCCUUGAAGAAGCAGCAUUUUGAAUCUGGCGACUCCAAGUGUCACUGCUAUCGUUUGUACAACGAGCAAAAGGAAUUCGGCUGCAUGUGGUUUGCCCUCUGGAAGCUCAAGACGGACGUGGCCAUACGCAACGGUUGCAGACUCAUUGUGGUGACCAAGAAACGUGGAGAUGUUGGCUAUUCACAGAAGGGCGAGAUUGAGUACUUGAAAGAGAAGGAUGUAGCAUUUACAUCUAUCUCCAUCUACCAGUUUGCUUUCCAUCAUCUGAAAUCAGCGCUGGACAUGGUGUUGGAGACCGAUACUUUCGAACUCCGACAGGUCAUGCAUUUGCUUUCCCCUUGCCAGCGGCAGAAGCUCAUGGAUGUCUUAAGCGAAGACGGCCAAGACGCAUCUUUGGAGUCUGCCAGGGAAUGCCCUGAGCCUUCGGACAUCGGCCUGCAGAGUGCUACCGCUCAAGACAUCCACGCGGGGGUCCAAAGCCUUCCCCCAGAGCUGCGCCAGAAGUUAUUUCAGGCGAUAGCCUUACUGGAGCGGCAGCAAAUGCCGCAAGCCCCACAGCCACCUGGAAAGCAAGCACAAGAGAAACUGAUUCUGGAGGAAAACUUCAGAAACACGGGGCAGUCACGGCAGCUUGAGAAGCGUGAAAAGCGUGAGAAGCUUGACGAGCUUGAGGAACUUGAGAAUGAUGAGCGGAGGGCUCCAACGGCCCCAAGCUCUUCCACUCAACAUUAUGCGACUGUGCGGCGGAAACGUCCAGUCAAACUCCACGGGCCUGAGGCUCAGCCUGAGUGUGUGAUUCACUAGCUGGUUGGUGAUUUCAAAAAAUAGCGAGAGAGAGAGAGAGAGAG